UGUGGUUGCAGUGGGGUCGAGUCACAUGUUCUGGCCCCGAACUUUAAACUGUGGUUACACCUUUCUAAUACGUUGUAUUUGUUACGUUUGCAGACUGUGCGUCAUGGCUUCCCCUACCAGCCUACUGCAGUGGCGUUCGAUCCCAUACAGAAAGUAUUGGCUGUGGGCACCAAGCAAGGCUCCAUCAGACUCAUUGGUCGUCCAGGAGUUGACGUACAUGUACGCCACGAGUCCGAGGCUGCUGUACUCCAUCUGCUGUUCCUUAUAAAUGAAGGAGCUCUGGUUACUGCGACCGCUGAUGACUUUAUCCAUUUGUGGAACUAUAGACAGAAGAGACCAGAGAUUGUGCACUCUCUUAAGUUCCAGAGAGAGAGAAUCACUUGUCUUCACCUACCCUUCCUCAGCAAGUGGUUGUAUGUUGGUACUGAGAGAGGCAACAUACAUGUUGUUAAUAUUGAAGUGUUCCACCUGUCUGGUUAUAUUGUUAACUGGAACAAGGCUAUUGAACUAAGCAGGAAGACACAUCCUGGUCCCGUGGUUCACCUCAGUGAUUGUCCAGUUGACCCAGGCAAGCCAAGACGAACAAGGAGGGCAAACAAGAGACUUGUAAAUCCAUACAGAAAGUUGAGUGGAAGUGUAGCAAGACUGGAGAAUCUUUUGUGAUAUUCUCCGGCGGACUGACCAACGACAGGGCAGGAAGAACGCCAAGCAUAACAGUGAUCCAGGGCAAGACCACUACUGUCCUGGAGAUGGAGCACAAUGUCGUCGACUUCACUACUCUCUGUGAGACUCCGUACGCCAGUGAAUUCGCCGAACCAUACGCCCUGGUCGUCCUGCUUCACAAUGAUCUUGUUGUUGUGGACCUGCACACCCAAGGUUACCCAUGCUUUGAGAACCCCUAUUCGAUGGACCUGCACGAAUCCCCUGUCACCUGUUGCACCUACCUGGCCGACUGCCCAGCGGACCUCAUACCGGCCUUCUACUCCGUCGGGGCCCGCGGCCACAAGCGGCAAGGCUUCAGCGAGAGGGAGUGGCCCAUCUGUGGUGGCGAAUGGGGCACCAUGUCGUGUAGCUACGCUGAGAUGAUUAUUACCGGCCAUGCUGAUGGCAGCAUCAAGUUUUGGGAUGCGUCGUCGGUAAGUCUACAGGUCCUGUAUAAACUCAAGACAGCAAAGGUAUUUGAGAAACCAAAGACUCGAAGCAUCGACGGCGAUGAGGAUCCCUUUGCCAUCCAGCACAUCUUCCUGUGUCCCGAGUCCCGCUUCCUGUGUGUAGCCGGCGCCACCUCUCACGUUAUACUCUUCAAAUACUCCAAGCAAGAAACUAUUUCAGAGAUAUCGUGUCUGGAGAUUCCAAUCGUUUACGAUGUGUAUGAAUCAGGCGACUGCUCUCCAGAGUACGAGUUCCCACCUCGUCCAUCGCUUCAGGUAGCCCAUAGCCCCCACCACACUUCAGCCGCAGGGGAAAACACCAAUAAAAAGGCCUCUGAUAAAAAAGGCCCCAGUCAGAGUCAGAAUAAUAGGAAAAAACCAGGUGCAUCGCUGGACUACUUCGUUCCCAUCCACGUGCGGGGCGGGGCACAGAAGAAAGGAUCGGGGUACCAGGCGGAGCUGGUCUGUCUGAUGCCCUGGGUGGAGGGUGAGCCUCCAGGACCUAUCACUGCCCUUGCUAUCAACUCCUCCUAUGGACUGUUGUCCUACGGUAACGAGAACGGGCUGGUGAUCGUUGAUUAUAUUGCCAAAUCGUGCCUCCUGAAUAUGGGCACGCCUGACCUCUAUGGGGCGGCUGACCCAUACCAACGUGUUCCCCGUUCGCCGAAGCGAAACGAGUCGUCUAAAGAGGAGGAGCGGUGCAAGUCACCCUCGUCCGAUCAGGAUAACAAAGAUACGGGAGGCUCCACAUUUUAUCUUCGACAUGACCAAAGCGAAAUAGAUGGAUUGAUUGGGAAAGAGAGCAAGGAAGACCCAAGGAAAUUGGUGAACCGCAGUGAUAGCAAAGGUGAUUCCGAGGUCCGUAAGAAACUGCCAAGGAAGGACAGUAAGGAGAUAGAGAAAAUGAAGGACGAGAAGAGGAAUUCUGAUGGGAAAUACGGAUCUGAGAAUAAGAAAGAAAUAUUGAAAAUUCUUGGAAGAAAAGAAAGCAAAGGGAAGGAUAAGGAAGACAAAGAUAAAGUAAAAGAGAGUGAAAAGGAGGAUGAUAAUGUUGAUGAUUUUCUUCUAGUGAAGAAACCCUCGGUAAGUGAGGGAAGUAAUGGGGCAGAGGAACUCUCUGAACAUGAAGAAGAAAAGGCCGACAAUGGUUGCGAAUUGAGAGUUGAUCAGUCAAAAUCGAGAUCAGUGACACCCGAGCAUGCCCCAAAACUUGAGAUGGGAGAUGAGAAGCCCAACAGUCAUGAUUCGAAGAGACAUUCCCGAUUUCGACUGAAAGAACAGCUGACCAAACUCGAUGCCAGAUUUAGGAAAGCAUUUUCUUCUGAGCAGAACUCCAUAGAACACAGUUCCGAGUGCUACGUGGACGAAAUUACUGUUAUUGGUCCAGAUGUAGACUUGAAACAAAUAGAAUAUACACUUGAACACAAAGCUGGUGAUGAUAUUGAGGUUGCAGAGGCUGUAGAGGUGAGAGAAGAUUUUGAAUCUACACGUGAGAAUGUAGAGAGGGAUGGCAGCCAUGACACAAAGUCCGGAGAUCUUUCCACAAGUCCUAAAAUAAGUCCUAGAGUAACUCCGAAAUGUAGCCCAAGACCAACCCCCAAGACCACUCCAAGGCCAAGCCCCAUUGAUGAAUCUAAAAUUAUCGAAAAAGAUCUUGCGAAGGAGCCACACACUAGGGAAGGUGCUGACCGCAAAUCUCUAGCACUCUUUGACAAGGACGGCAACCCGGUUCCUCCGCCAAGACGCAAAAUGCGCCUAGCUGAAGCUAAGCAAAAGAGCAGCAAAAGUUCAUUCAGCAGCUGCGACCUCGGCAAUAUACCGAACAUCCCGCCGUCGCACAGUGCUUCUCACUUCCAUGGGGGAAAUACUGCAUUUGUUUCAGCCUCCCCAGUAGAGCAGGGCGGAGGCACCUCCGACCACCGCAAGUAUUUUCAAAAGUGCCAGGGCUCGGAGACGCCACCCGUACAGACUCCCAGCCAUCCCAGCGCUACACCGCCUCCAGCAACAACCACCGUAACUAGUCCAAACAGCAAAGGAGCGUUCAAGACCUUUGUCAGUCACAUCACCAAGAGAGGCUCAUCACACGCACUCCAGGACAAGCUGGACGGCUCGUUCAGUCGUUCUCGUUCCUCUAGCAUCAGCAGCCUGGAGAACAUCAGCAGCGAGGCCAUCCAGUGCUUGUCUUUCGUUGAUUCUUAUACUAGAAAAAAUGAUACCCAGAUGGCACCGACGUUAUGGGUUGGUACAAGUCUAGGCUCAGUUAUACAAGUGAUGGUGUCCAUACCUCCUCCAGAAACUAGAGCAACGACUCCAGCAACAGUGUCGCCCAGUGGAACCAUUUUUCGGUUGAAAGGCACAGUACUGGCCAUGUCUUUCCUCGACUGCAAUGGGGCGCUCAUUCCUUACCAGUAUGAGUCGUGGAAAGAUGCCAAUAAGGAGAAGAAACUGGAAAGAACACCAACAAAAUCUCUGGUAGACAACAGAAUGUCUCCGACAAACUCUGGAGAACAGACGUGGGGUGACCGACAGUUUGUUGUGAUAGCAUCAGAGAAGGUGGCCAGGGUGGUGGCCCUGCCCUCUCAGAACUGUGUGUACAAACAAAUCAUCACAGAGGUGUCUUUUGUGGUUAAGGCUGAGAUUAUACAAAUUAAAGACAGUGUUUGUCUGGUCUGUUACAUCGCCACGGGACAUAUUUCCGUCUUCAGUUUGCCGAGUUUGCGUCAGUUGAUCUACGUUGACUUCCUGCCUCUCGUUGAUCUCAGUUUUCAGACGAGGAAGACUGGCAUAGUUGACCCCAUGCUGUCUAUUUGGGGUCAGCAAAUGUUCGUUAAUGAAGAUACAGACCAAAUUGCGAGGACUUUCUGCUUCACAAACUACGGCCACGGGAUGUACCUGUGUUCGCCCACUGAGAUACAGAAGUUCACUCUAGCAUCAGAUUUCUGUAAGGAUAUGCAGGACAUGCUUGGUGAACUUUUCCUGCCAUGUGACAUGCCAGAGGCGCCAAAACAAAGCUUCUUCAAAGGCCUCUUUGGUGGCGGCAUAUCACAGCUGGACCGCGAGGAACUCUUUGGUGAGGCAUCUGGGAAAGGCUCCCGCAGUGUUGCCAAACAUGUGCCUGGCCCCACCUCCCAGCUGGAGUCCCUCAAUGUACGUGCUGGGACAGUAGCUGGCGACAUCAACAAAACUCGCAUGCAGCUGGUGGAACGAGGACAGAAGCUGGGCGAGCUGGAGGAACGAACCGGCAAGAUGAUGAACGAGGCGGAAUCCUUCUCGUCGGCUGCACACCAACUUAUGCUCAAGUACAAGGAUAAGAAGUGGUACCAACUCUGAAGUGAUUUGUGGUCUCAUUAUGGUGAUAGCAGAUAUUUGAUAUAAAUAAUUCCUUAAUCUGACAUGCCAGCUCUGAGAUGCAAGGGUUGCUCACAGCUACGGUAAAGGGACGGGAGGCGCAGAGCAUCAUAAGUGGUGCGGGGAUUUUCACUCCGUUCAGGGAUGUACAUGGUGAGGCGGCUUGCCAUGUCUAGGGAUGACACUCUUAGUAUUGAUGCGAGGUUUCAGUAUCUUUCUCAAGGUGGCAUUGAUGCAAGGUUGAGGCCCUUGCUAUCUCACAGUUGUUACUCUGUGUCAGCAGGCAACUGAUACAAGUGUUAGAAGAAGAUAGCCAGUUAUUGUAGUUAAUAAGAUUCCGAAGAUAUUCAUCCGUAGGGAAACAAAGAGUCAAACUUUACUGUUGAAAGUUAGUCGGUGUUGUACUGUUUGUAAAUACUUAACAAUGUACAGGGAACAGUGUUUAAAAGUGAGGCAUUGUAGUUGCUUACGAAUCCCAUAUGUUUUAUGAAGGUGUGAUGGGCGGCCAGACAGCAGCUUUGGAUAGCGUGCAAGAUGGCCGCCGCAAAAUGUUUGCACCAGGUGGUUGUGAGCUCUCCCGCUGAUUAUUAGCGUCUUUUCUCUUGCUUCCUUCUUGCUCACCACUUUCCUCACUUAUCCUUUAUUUCAGUGUUUUUUUCAAGCUCGCGUAGUGAUCUAAAUUUCGGCAGUAGAAAGUGUGGCCUACUAGGCAAGGAUUUUGCAGUAUUAAGAAUAAUAAUAAUAAUUGCGAUAGUGCCAGAUACAAAAACCUGUCUCAUAAUACUUCUAAUAUUAUUACUCAGAACGUCAAUUUAGUUCGUCUGGUAACUUUUUUGACUGAGUAAAUAUCAAUGAGCCAGCAGUUUAGCCAAAGCUUGCAGCAGUAACCCGUUACACUGAUCAAUCAGCAUUGCUCGAGCCAGUGGUUAAGUUUAAGCUUUUUGCAAUGGCCCGUUAAUGACCAAACGUGGACAGUUGGUCCAGCAGUUUAGUUCUCAAGCCCGUUAAUAAGGACUAGACAAGUCCCUCUCUCCUGUUGGUAGUGUGGUUUCUGAUGCCCUUCAGGAAAACUGUGCUGGGAGGGGAGGUACUCUAACUUACAAAUGCCCAAGUUAUGAUGCUCACAAACUAGACCUAAAACACACAGUAUCAAGUAAAUUAUAUUUUAACGAGUGUUACAAUAAACAGGUGAUAUCACAGUAUGCAAAACAACCACUGUGAUAAAAUAGUGAAUUUCCAAGCACCUUCGUGAAAGCACUUGGAAGUUCACUAUUUUUUCAGUAGUUAUUUUGCAUACGCUGCUGAGUGUCUGUGACAUGAUUAUCCUCUUGACUGAUGUUUGCUGUGGGAGGAUAAGUUCAGUGUUACAAAUGACUCGUUCAUAAGUUGGAACACUAGGAAAGGAACUUGCCCAUGAGGCGGGCAAAAUCCUCCCCUCCAUUACUUUCUUCCCUUGUUUUGGUGAUUGUUGUUGGUUAAUCAGUAUCUUGGUGACUCUGACUUGUUGGCUGAGGUUUCCGAGUGUUCGUUGCUGUCAUUUGUGUAUCUGUUACGGUUGGUCCUCAUAACCUAAAAAGAAAAAUUUUAGUUUUCUUUUGUAUAUGCGAUUAAAAGUUAUAUCCAUAAUUGAAUAGCACAUGAAAAGACUUAUAGUACAUACUCUUCAUUGUUAGACGCACCCUUUUUUAAUUUACAAAAAAAUAUGAUCUAUUUACCUAGCAGUAUCCAAACAUCAAUUCAGAUUCAAAAAUUUCAUUUCUUUGUGGUACAGAAAUAACGUAGUUUACAUGUAAUAAAUAUUGUUAGGAACAAAUGAAGGCCACUGAUAUGAAAUGCAUUCUAGGCAAAUAAACACUUGAUGCGUAAAGACUAUUUAAGAACAAGACACAGAAUAAGAGUAAUAAUAUUAUUUCAGCAUGAUACGUGUUUGUACAAAGGAGUAUAACGGUUGGAUGUACAUGCCGAAAAAAAACUUUAUAUAUAGAGCAUUUCAGGCAAACUUAAGACUAACUUAAGAUCAAUAAGGCAAUAACAGUGUAGUAAUUGUACCUAUAGUUAUUAGGUGAGUUACAGUGAAUACAGGAAAAUUGAAUAUUCUGUUAGUUCAUGUUAUAUGGCUUUAAAAAGCUUGGUUAAUACUGUGACUGGAACAGUACACAAAUACAGCGAGUCCUCAGGUUAUGAACACACUGACAAUCUUCUGUAUUGUGUAACAUCAUCAUUAUAUCAUUAUUGUGUAUAAUAUCAUUAUUAUACAUAAUACAGGAGGUCCCCAACAUGUUCAUAAUUUGGGGACUCACUGUAACCCACACACGGGAAAAAGAAAAUUUAUGACGACAUAUCAGUCUGACUUGGACUGUUAAUUAGUUGCUAGUUCAGGGGUCGGCAAACUGCAACCCGCAGGCCACAUGCGGCCAUGGCAACUUCAAAUACUUAUAAAUAUUAAAACUAAUAAACCCUCUUAUUCACUCAUUCAUUUAUAUGUAUAAGACCGAUUUUUUCUCUAGCCUACAAAAAAAUAUGUGAAAUACAUGAUGUGGCACCCAUAGUAAAAAAGUUGGAGACUCCUACGCUAGUUAGUGGUCCAACUAUUAUAUUCCUUUGUAUAACCAUGUAUCAUGUCAAACUAAAAAUUAUAUUAAUAUUGUUAUUAUAUUAUUAUGUGCAGGUUAUUCGUGUAAAAUCGGCCUGGUCACAGACCUGGCUGCGGGAGCGUUGAACCCCCGAAACCCUCUCCAGGUAUACUUCAGUAUAUAAUCGUGACAAGGUGAAGAGCUUGUGAGACAGCUAGAUUUCUUUAUUAAGUAGUUGCUUCACCAACCAGUUGAUUCAUCAGUACAAUACAGACAACCGAAGAGGUAGAAGACGAGGUAAUCAAUCCCUCAGCCUAGGAGCAGGUGUUCAGUACCGUUGUCUUGGUGAAUCUGAAGCACUGGCACGAAGAAAUGGGCUUAUAUACUGGAGUCAGAGAUGAAGGCAUUGUCAGUUGUAGAUGGGAUUGACCAGUGAAAGUACGUCGUGUCCAAGAGGAUUGUCAGUGGAAGUUGGUCAUGCCCUAGAGGAUUGCCCAGUGGAAGUUGAUCAUGCCCUAGAGGAUUGCCAAGUGCAAGUAGGUUAUGCCCUGGAGGAUUGCCUAGUGGAAGUAGAUCAUGUCCAAGAGUGUGUGAGUGUAGGUGGUAGGUGGUGGUACACUAGUGUGUGGAGAGGGUGAGUGCAUGAAUGUUUUGUGGCCCAAGUCAAAGUGGUGAAGUCUGAGUGAUGAAGUGGAGGGCUUAAGUCAAAGGGUUGAAGUUUGAGGGAUGAAGUCCAAGGGUUAAAGUCCAAGGAACAACAAUUUGAGCGACAAAGUCCAGGAGUUUCCUUGUCAUUUCCUGACCUUAUUAAUCACAGUAUGACACAAUGGAUUCAACAUCCCAAUUUUUUAAUUAUAGACCACUUGGCUUAAUCUUAUACAAUAAUCAAACUAAAAGUGAUAAGGAAGCUCUAUAACAAAGUUUGUGGUCUAUAAUUAUACUCUAAAUGCUCAUACAAUGCAUAUACAGCCUCUCCUCACUUAGUGACGUACUCGUUUACCAACGGCUCGGACUUAUGACGGGCUCUGACCAGCAUGCCUGCCUAAAUAAUAUAUAUUAGAGUUGAUUUCCUCUGUUUUGUUUAUUACAGUAUACAGUAUAUUACUGUAUAAACAUAUAAAAAUUUACUAAAAAUGUUAUAUUUGGUUCAAAGAAGACAUUAAAACAAUAUCAAAGAUGGCAGACACAAACCCACUACCAGCACAGUAUGCUCCUCGCUUAACAACCAAUUCGUUUACCAACUUACUUUUAGGAAUGGAUCCCUGUCUUUAAGUGAGGAGAGACUGUACUCAAAAAAGUAUUUGCGGACAGUAUUAUUAUGUAUUUGGUGUGCCAAAAUGGGAAAGUAUUAUUUGUUAUUGACAGUCUGUUAGAAUUGAUUCUUCAAAGAAAAAUUGAUCAUGGGACGAGUGUUGCUAAUGGGGUAGUGUCAUUAAUGAGGUAGUGUUGUAAUGGGGCAGUGUCACUGAUGGGAGUGUCACUAAUGGGGCAGUGUCGCUAAUGGGGCAGUGUUGCUAAUGGGAUAGUGUCACUAACGGGACUAAAGGAUCCCAAAUGCAAACAAUUUUGACUUCUUCGAGUACUGGUUAAUUUUCACUGUAUUAACCCGCUACCACAGUGAUAGGAUAGACUAUGAAAUUUCAGAUAUGCACUAAAAACCUCAUGUUUAUAAGAGAGUUUUUACUUUUUUUUGCAUCUAAUGAUUCUUAGGUUUUCGUCACCUCCCCAGAUUAAAAUUUUGGUUGCUACAGUAUACUACUAAUACAGUACAGUAAGUCCUUGGCUUACAGACACGUUGAGAAUUUUGUGUAUUGUAUAUAAUACUGUAUCAUUAUUAUAUCAUUAUUGUUAGGUAAGACAUAUGCAACAGUUAGGUAUCUUUAUUUCGAAACGUUUCGCCUACACAGUAGGCUUCUUCAGUCGAGUACAGAAAAGUUGAUAGAAGCAGAAGAUACUUGAAGACGAUGUAAUCAGUCCAUCACCCUUAAAGUUUUGAGGUGGUCAGUCCCUCAGUCUGGAGAAGAGCAUUGUUCCAUAGAAUGAAACAAUAUGGAGAUGAAGUGACAGGAUGGAGCCUUAUAUAGCGCCAAGAGGUGAGACGUAGGUCACUAGAAGAGGUAAGAACUCAGAUGUUGGGAGGUCAGGUCCCUCUCAAAUCCAGCCGUUCUCACUUAAGGGUGAUGGACUGAUUACAUCGUCUUCAAGUAUCUUCUGCUUCUAUCAACUUUUCUGUACUCGACUGAAGAAGCCUACUGUGUAGGCAAAACGUUUCGAAAUAAAGAUGCCUAACUGUUGCAUGUGUGUCUUACCUAACAACCUGUCGGUAUUUUAUACCAUUUUAAUGUUCAAUAUAUCAUUAUUGUGUCUAAUAUUGUUAUACACAAUUCAGAAGGUCCCCAAUGUCUUCAUAAGUUGAGGACUUCCUGUAUUUAAGUGUAUUAAUUUUUAAAUCGCCUUACAAUUGGGCGUGUGAUUUGCGAAAUAGUGAUAACAUGACUUAACCAGCCACAGAACAGGUGGGAUUUGAACUCAUAACAAGUGAUGCUAAAAUUCCAUGCUUGGAGUUUUACGGUUCUCUUGCCAUGGGUACAAAUCCCACCUGUUCCAUGGUUUGGGUGUAUUGCAAUAUGGCAUAUGACAGGCUGUAGUAUCCUCUCCUCACAAUGUAGACCUAACUUAGAGUACAUCAAUAGGUCAAAAUUGCUUGUAUUGUGCACACAUCUGGGAAAAAAUUAGUUUGUAUAUCUUUGUCAUCUUGAAAAGAUAACAGGAAACAAGACAUGAGCAAACAUGUCAGUUGAGUGUGGAUGAGGAGGAUUGAAAAAGAGGAGUGCUCUGUGUUAAGUGUAGCUGAGGAUUGAUGGUAAGUUGUGUGUUGGUUGAAUUCUGCUGAGGUUUUGAGAUGAACGCUGUUUACUGCUGGCAACCUUGCUUUCUUUAUCUCUAUCUCUGUCUCCCUCUUUCUCUUUCCUUCUCUCCUCUCUCUCUCUCUCAUUCUCUCUUUCUCUUGUUCUUUCUCUCUUUCUCUCAUUCUCUCACUCUCUCACUCUCUUUCUCUCUUUCUCUCUCUCGUUCUCUCACUCUCUUUCUCUCGUUCUCUCACUCUCUCACUCUUUCGUUCUCUCUCUCUCUCUUUCUCUCGUUAUCUCUUUCUCUCUCACUCUUUCUCUCGUUCUCUUUCUUUCUCUCUCUUUCUUUCUCUUUCUUUCUUUCUUUCUUUCUCUCUCUUUCUUUCUUUCUCUCUCUUUUUCUUUCUCUCUCUCUUUCUCUCUCUCUCUCUCUUUCUCUCUCUCUCUCUUUCUCUCUCUCUUUCUCUCUCUCUCUUUCUUUCUCUCUUUCUUUCUCUUUCUCUCUUUCUCUUUCUCUCUUCUCUUUUCUCUUCUCUCUCUCUCUCUCUUUCUCUUUCUCUUUCUCUUUCUCUUUCUCUUUCUCUUUCUCUCUCUCUCUCUCUCUCUCUCUCUCUCUCUCUCUCUCUCUCUCUCUCUCCCCCCAGUAUUCUUUUGAUUGUCUUCAAAAUCUGCAAUAUUCUUGUUAUUCUUGUGUUGUUGAGAAAUAUUGCUGGUUCAUCAAGUUACGUCAACGCUGAUGGUCUGUCAAGUCAUGUCUGGCACUUAGUGGGACAGUUGAGAACUAACAGUAAUUAAUAAACAUUGAUCUAUGUCAGUUUUCUUCUCGUUCCAAACAUCAUUAUUAUUAUUAUUUUCUUGGGAGACACUAAACCCAUAAGGGCCAAACAGAGGAAGGCAGUCAAGGGAGAGGAGGGGAUACUCCAAU